AUGUUCAAUCCUAAGCCUCCAGAUGAUCCGAAGUAUCGCAUACCGGGACAAUGUAUUUGGCUGAAAUUAAAUGGUUCCUGGCCAUUCAGUCAAGAGGCCCGUAAGGAUUUUUAUUCGGCACGUUAUCUCUGGGGUUGGUUGUACACCAGCUGGUCAUGGUAUGUUGUCACCUCGGUGGGUAUAACCAUUGGAUUUCAAACGGCUUUUCUGAUCAACAAUUUUGGUGAUAUUAUUAUGACUACUGAAAAUUGCUGUACCACAUUUAUGGGAGCCUUGAAUUUUGUGCGCCUGCUGCAUAUGCGUCUAAAUCAAAAGCAAUUUAGGGAGAUAAUCGAACAAUUUGUCAACGAUAUAUGGAUAGCCAAAAAUCACCAUCCCCAAAUUGCUGCACAAUGUUCGCGAAAUAUGCGUACCUUUCGCAUAAUGACGGUACUUUUAAGCUGUCUCAUAUCCAUGUACUGUGUGUUGCCGCUGGUGGUGUUAUUUGUCGAUGUGGGUCUGGAUGCCGAUGAGAAACCGUUUCCCUAUAAAAUGUUAUUUCCCUAUGAUGCCCAUCAUGGUUGGCGUUAUGUGGCCACUUACAUUUUUACCACUUUUGCUGGUGUCUGUGUGGUUACCACUCUCUUUGCUGAAGAUUCCAUUUUUGGAUUUUUUGUCACCUACACUUGUGGUAAAUUUGCCAUACUUCAUGAGCGCAUUGAUAAUUUAGUUUGGGAUGCCAAUCGAGUGGUGAGGCACAAGGAAAGCGAAUUGAAUGUUCAGGAGAUCUAUGUGAAGUUGUUAAAUCGCAUCGCCUAUGAUCACAAUAAAUUAAUAGAGUUUUCUGCAAAACUUGAAAACUUUUUUAAUCCCAUAUUGUUGGUCAACUUUACCAUAUCCUCAAUUUUAAUAUGUAUGGUAGGAUUUCAACUGGUCACUGGCAAAGAUAUGUUCAUUGGGGAUUAUGUAAAAUUUAUAGUUUACAUAUCAUCUUCUUUGUCACAACUUUACGUUUUGUGUUGGAAUGGUGACUCUCUAAUACAGCAUUCUACCGAAACCGCCAGUCACUUAUACAGCUGCAAUUGGGAAGGCGCAAGCCAUACAACAAAAACGGUAAAUGCCAACGAUGGUUUUAUGACUCAGGCAGUUGCAGUCCUACCCUUGGAUAUCGCAGGUCGUGUGGAAAAUUGCAUACCAGCGAAUAAGAGUUUUCGUCAAAAUCUACAAAUAAUGAUAAUGUGCAGCCAAAGACCUGUAAAAAUUACUGCUCUUAAAUUUUCUACAUUAUCUUUGCAAUCUUUUACAGCUAUUUUAAGUACUUCAAUGAGUUACUUCACCUUGUUGCAAACAGUUUACAAUGAGAAUCAAGAGGAUACAAAGAUAUAA